UAGUUUCUGAAUUGGUGCUAUUAAAUAUCGGCUAGCUGCUCAUCCCUAACUCUGAUCUGUUUAUUUUAUUGGCGCCGCAUAUUUUUGUAUUUAUUUAGCAUCAUAGUCCAUCGUAGACAACAAAAAAAGGCGCAAAAGGCAAUGCCAAAAAGCAAGCAGGAGGCACGUCGUCAUGCAGUCUCUUUUAAGGAAUUUAGUAGGCUAAUAGAAAAUCUGCCGGGCAUUGCCGAGGAUGUGCAACGCGACUUUGCUGGGGAUGGAGCAAACAAAACGCUGGACGAGUGCGCCCGGUGGUACUACAAUGCCUUCUACAAGGACCCCAGCGUUCGAAAUCGGUACAAGUUCAAGAUGCGCGCUUGUGCCAAACUAAAGAAGGAUAAGUUGCUCAGCCUGCCAGAGGCAGAAGUAGAUGAGACGUCCGAAGAGAGUCAGCAUGAAUCGGUUGAUGAUGUUGAGGUAAAAGUGGACAAAAUGGGAAUGUUCGUGUUUCCCGUAACCUUCGGCACCUUUGCAAAGUACGCGGACAAGGAUAAGAUAUGCAAGCUUACGACACGGAAGGAAAAAAGCACCGAAGAAAUCGAGUCCGAUAGCACACAGAAACGACGGCAGUUGCAGAAAUUCUACAACUCAUUCUACAUGUUUCCAGAAGAGCGAAAGUGCACCAAUAUAUUCCCUGAGGCACCCCCUGAACUUCUAUUGAAGUUGCUACAACCCGGCUAUCCCGUCGAUGAAGAAACAGCCAGCAGAUUAGCAGAGCAUAAAAAAAAGGGUCAAUCAGUCCAAGAUCUCGAGACGCAUCGGGAGCCUGAUACUCCUGAAGCCAGCAGAGACUUUCCCAUUGUGAGCUUCCAAGUAUUCGAGAAAUAUCUGGCGAACCUCUACGAUAUUGUGUGGCAGCUGAAGCUCAACGAUCCCGAGUAUGUGGCCAAGGGCAUUGACGAGGGGGCCUAUUGCUAUUACUUGGCAUUUUAUCUAACGCCGGAGAUUCGUGACCGAUACAAAUACAUCCUAAGGCCGUGUACGUCGGACCUGAGUGCCCGCCUACUUGCCAUACCCAGCCGCGAGGAAGCCGAAAAGCUGAGGCGCAAGUUGCCAGAGUUGAUUAAACCAUCGCCAGAUCUGGAGCGACCAAAAAGUCCCGAUUUGGUCACAGAAACAGCAGUGCCACCUGUCGAAUUUAAGUUCUUCAAAAAGUAUAUCGUGAAUCUGAAUGACAUCAGCCAGCAAAUGCGAGGCUGCGACGAGUACAAGGAUUUAUCCGAAGAGGAGUGUGUCGCGGAGUACUUCAGGCAGUUUUACAGUGCGCCAGAAAUACGCGAGCGAUUCCAGUAUAAGCUGAAGCCAUGUCCCGGAAUGGUACGCGAAAGAUUGCUGGGUCGACCGGUCUGCUCAGACGGGCCAUCGAAUGGAGCUGAAAAGGCUGCCGAACAGAACCGACCAGCUCCAAUGAAGGAUAGCAGUCGUCAGUCAGACCCGGAGCAUCUGCCUGAGAAGGAGGACUGUGUCGAAAACGAUAACAACAACAAGAACAAGUGUCCAGUUACGUUCAAGGAGUUCAAGCGCUGUGUGUCGAAUCUCAGCGAAAUUGUACAGAAAAUGCAGCAGAGCGAGGAGUACAGAGAGUGUUCCAAAGAGCAGUGUGCUGAGGAGUACUACCGGGGGUUCUAUUCCAUGCCCCAGAUGCGAGAACGCUUCGAAUGUAAGUUCAAGCCUUGUCCCGCCAAGAAGUGCGAAUUGCUGCUCCGCUAUGCAGUGGAACCCCUUCAACCACCCGAAGAGCAGUCUGAAAACAUUCCGCCUCAGAAUACAAUUUUCAGAAAGCCGGAUUCUUUGAGCUCCGCGCCCGAUGACGUAGUUACUAUUGGCACUGCUCGCUUCAAGUUUCCCGUGUCCUUGGGUGUAUUCAGGCGCUGCAUUAACUACGACGAAAUCGUCAGGUCCCGGCUGGGAAAAUCUACCGUCAAGCCGCAGCUCCAGGCCCAGACAGCCAACCCGCAGAACCCACACUACGAAAGGUAUUUCCGUCAGUUUUAUGUCGGGUUCUACGCAUUCCCCUAUUUUCGCAAGCAACACGCAUACCGAUUCGACUGUGGGGGGGACGAAGAGCUGCUGCAAAAGCUGUGCGAUUAUGCAGUACCAUUGAAUGAGAGUGCCAAGCGGAAAGUGGAUGACGAGGAAAAGCUCCGACGACCGACUGGUAGUCGUGGAAGAACAGAAGCUGCACCUACUUUGAUGCCCAAGCCAGCCCUGACAGAACCCUGUGGCGUCACACCAAAGAUUUCCUUUGAAGUAUUUUCGAAACUUUUGUACCUCGAAGAUGCAGUUAGCAAAAUGCUGCUGCAUCCAAACUUCGCGGCACUGACGGAAGAUGAGUGCCAACGGCUGUACUACGAGGCCUUCUAUAGCACGCCCAGCAUACGCGACAAGUAUCCGUGUAGAAUAAAGCCCUGCCCGGCCGGCUUGAGGGCCAACCUACUGCAUAUCCCCCCCAAGCCGGAUAACCUGUCUGAUCACAGACACCCUCAGAGAAACUUAUCUGGCCAGCGCCAGAGCACUCCAGAUGUGGACAGAUUGUAUGCGGAUAGGAAAGCCGAGCUUGAUGGCAAGCAAAAGCUUAACGUGGUCAACUACGUGCCCCACAAUCUGAGCUCCUACAUAGCUCGUCGUGUUGCAUGUCCCGAGAGAAGAGCUGUCGUUGAGAAGUAUAUAAUCGAAACGGUAAGUGAUUUGAAUGAGGCAGCGGCUACCAGUGUCUCGGGGCUGGAUACAGCUAGGAGGGAAACCGGUGAAGAAGAGAAGACAGAGGCUACACCAGUGGCUGCAACGAUAGACGUAGAAACCACAGCAGCGACUGGCCGUGAACCUGCAGAAUGUCCAGCAGCCUCUAAUGAAGUUGAAGGGGAAGUUGAAAAUCCAGAGGAAAGCAGAGUAAAGGGCGACACUGUGCCAGAGAGUACAACAGACAGUGUUCCAGCCAGUAACGCGAACAAUCAGUGCUCUACUACUCUACCAGAGGUUGAAAAAACGACGAAUGCAGGGACCACUACGUCUGUAACAGCAUCCAAUGAAGUGCAGACACCAGCAUCUGAGGUAACAGUAAGCAGCACAGAAAAAACAGUGCAUCCUGCGGCAACUGCAGUCACUUCGAGCCACCUGCUUGAACAACUUGAACAAACAGUGGGAAUCUUUGCCGCGCCGAGCCACCAGGAGCACACUAUCAAGCAUUUAAUCUUCCAAAGCAACGGCCUAAAGAGCACGAUUUGGCGCAUACUCUUCCAGCUGAGCCAAGAGGAGUUCCGCACCUACACAAGCUUCCACAAUGGCGAGGCUCUCUAUGAAAACGAGGGCGGGCUGCAGCGAUGUCAUCAGCAUGUUGUGGACCAAGGCCAUUGGCCAUUUAAUUUGUUCGUGAAGCUGCCCAUGUUGCGCCAACUGUUACACAGCAAAGGAGUGGAACUGCAGUCUCUGGAUCUGUUGCAGUUGUCGCCAAAGAUCUUGCAUUGGAGCGAUCUAAUGCUGCACACCGAUUUCGAUGAAAUUGUUGAGCAGCAUUACGCGGAUCGUACCGGCAGGCAGAUCGACGAUACGGUAUUGCUGUUCCAGGAACGUGAGCAGCUUUAUGCGAGCUGCUGGACGCACGAUCAAUGGAUACGCCAAGUACCGAAGAUCACAAAUGAAGCACUAAAUGAGCCAAUCUUUGGUGAUGCUUUUGAUGUUGCAGAGCAUACAAAAACAGCUCAAACAGUCCAAGAGCUCGAGACUCAUCGGGAGCCUGAUACUCCUGAAGCUCCAGAAGACAUUAGCGACUUUCCCAUUGUGAGCUUCCAAGUAUUCGAGAAAUAUCUGGCGAACCUCCACGAUAUUGUGUGGCAGCUGAAGCUCAACGAUUCCGAGUAUGUGGCCAAGGGCUUUGACGAGGGGGCCUAUUGCUAUUACUUGGCAUUUUAUCUAACGCCGGAGAUUCGUGACCGAUACAAAUACAUCCUAAGGCCGUGUACGUCGGACCUGAGUGCCCGCCUACUUGCCAUACCCAGCCGCGAGGAAGCCGAAAAGCUGAGGCGCAAGUUGCCAGAGUUGAUUAAACCAUCGCCAGAUCUGGAGCGACCAAAAAGUCCCGAUUUGGUCACAGAAACAGCAGUGCCACCUGUCGAAUUUAAGUUCUUCAAAAAGUAUAUCGUGAAUCUGAAUGACAUCAGCCAGCAAAUGCGAGGCUGCGACGAGUACAAGGAUUUAUCCGAAGAGGAGUGUGUCGCGGAGUACUUCAGGCAGUUUUACAGUGCGCCAGAAAUACGCGAGCGAUUCCAGUAUAAGCUGAAGCCAUGUCCCGGAAUGGUACGCGAAAGAUUGCUGGGUCGACCGGUCUGCUCAGACGGGCCAUCGAAUGGAGCUGAAAAGGCUGCCGAACAGAACCGACCAGCUCCAAUGAAGGAUAGCAGUCGUCAGUCAGACCCGGAGCAUCUGCCUGAGAAGGAGGACUGUGUCGAAAACGAUAACAACAACAAGAACAAGUGUCCAGUUACGUUCAAGGAGUUCAAGCGCUGUGUGUCGAAUCUCAGCGAAAUUGUACAGAAAAUGCAGCAGAGCGAGGAGUACAGAGAGUGUUCCAAAGAGCAGUGUGCUGAGGAGUACUACCGGGGGUUCUAUUCCAUGCCCCAGAUGCGAGAACGCUUCGAAUGUAAGUUCAAGCCUUGUCCCGCCAAGAAGUGCGAAUUGCUGCUCCGCUAUGCAGUGGAACCCCUUCAACCACCCGAAGAGCAGUCUGAAAACAUUCCGCCUCAGAAUACAAUUUUCAGAAAGCCGGAUUCUUUGAGCUCCGCGCCCGAUGACGUAGUUACUAUUGGCACUGCUCGCUUCAAGUUUCCCGUGUCCUUGGGUGUAUUCAGGCGCUGCAUUAACUACGACGAAAUCGUCAGGUCCCGGCUGGGAAAAUCUACCGUCAAGCCGCAGCUCCAGGCCCAGACAGCCAACCCGCAGAACCCACACUACGAAAGGUAUUUCCGUCAGUUUUAUGUCGGGUUCUACGCAUUCCCCUAUUUUCGCAAGCAACACGCAUACCGAUUCGACUGUGGGGGGGACGAAGAGCUGCUGCAAAAGCUGUGCGAUUAUGCAGUACCAUUGAAUGAGAGUGCCAAGCGGAAAGUGGAUGACGAGGAAAAGCUCCGACGACCGACUGGUAGUCGUGGAAGAACAGAAGCUGCACCUACUUUGAUGCCCAAGCCAGCCCUGACAGAACCCUGUGGCGUCACACCAAAGAUUUCCUUUGAAGUAUUUUCGAAACUUUUGUACCUCGAAGAUGCAGUUAGCAAAAUGCUGCUGCAUCCAAACUUCGCGGCACUGACGGAAGAUGAGUGCCAACGGCUGUACUACGAGGCCUUCUAUAGCACGCCCAGCAUACGCGACAAGUAUCCGUGUAGAAUAAAGCCCUGCCCGGCCGGCUUGAGGGCCAACCUACUGCAUAUCCCCCCCAAGCCGGAUAACCUGUCUGAUCACAGACACCCUCAGAGAAACUUAUCUGGCCAGCGCCAGAGCACUCCAGAUGUGGACAGAUUGUAUGCGGAUAGGAAAGCCGAGCUUGAUGGCAAGCAAAAGCUUAACGUGGUCAACUACGUGCCCCACAAUCUGAGCUCCUACAUAGCUCGUCGUGUUGCAUGUCCCGAGAGAAGAGCUGUCGUUGAGAAGUAUAUAAUCGAAACGGUAAGGGAUUUGAAUGAGGCAGCGGCUACCAGUGUCUCGGGGCUGGAUACAGCUAGGAGGGAAACCGGUGAAGAAGAGAAGACAGAGGCUACACCAGUGGCUGCAACGAUAGACGUAGAAACCACAGCAGCGACUGGCCGUGAACCUGCAGAAUGUCCAGCAGCCUGUAAUGAAGUUGAAGGGGAAGUUGAAAAUCCAGAGGAAAGCAGAGUAAAGGGCGACACUGUGCCAGAGAGUACAACAGACAGUGUUCCAGCCAGUAACGCGAACAAUCAGUGCUCUACUACUCUACCAGAGGUUGAAAAAACGAUGAAUGCAGGGACCACUACGUCUGUAACAGCAUCCAAUGAAGUGCAGACACCAGCAUCUGAGGUAACAGUAAGCAGCACAGAAAAAACAGUGCAUCCUGCGGCAUCUGCAGUCACUUCGAGCCACCUGCUUGAACAACUUGAACAAACAGUGGGCAUCUUUGCCGCGCCGAGCCACCAGGAGCACACUAUCAAGCAUUUAAUCUUCCAAAGCAACGGCCUAAAGAGCACGAUUUGGCGCAUACUCUUCCAGCUGAGCCAAGAGGAGUUCCGCACCUACACAAGCUUCCACAAUGGCGAGGCUCUCUAUGAAAACGAGGGCGUGCUGCAGCGAUGUUAUCAGCAUGUUGUGGACCAAGGCCAUUGGCCAUUUAAUUUGUACGUGAAGCUGCCCAUGUUGCGCGAACUGUUGCACAGCAAAGGAGUGGAACUGCAGUCUCUGGAUCUGUUGCAGUUGUCGCCAAAGAUCUUGCAUUGGAGCGAUCUAAUGCUGCACACCGAUUUCGAUGAAAUUGUUGAGCAGCAUUACGCGGAUCGUACCGGCAGGCAGAUCGACGAUGCGGUAUUGCUUUUCCAGGAACGUGAGCAGCUUUAUGCGAGCUGCUGGACGCACGAUCAAUGGAUACGCCAAGUACCGAAGAUCACAAAUGAAGCACUAAAUGAGCCAAUCUUUGGGGAUGAAUCUGCUGUUGCAGAUGUAGAAUUAAAGCGACUCUGUAGAAUGGAGGAAAGCCAGGCCACGGCGAUGACUAUUGAAUCAGACAACACCACACCCACACCAUCUGAAGUAUCCAUUUGCCUGCCCACUGAGCUCAACGCUCAAUCUUUCAACUUUGUGGACAUGGACGAAGUGGAUCCGGCUUCACAAAUCCCAGAAACCCAGAAUAAUCCGCUUAUGGAGAGCAUGCAGGUUCCGGUCAAGCAGGAGGCGAUUAAGUUCCUCGACAACAUGCGCGGCAGCUACAUCAACAGCCAGGAGUUUAUGUGGGAGAGCAUUGAUUCGAAAGAACAAAUUAUUAACUUGGAUGGCAGUCAGGAGUCAAUUUCGGGCAUGGCUUGCUUUACCAUCCGCAGAGCUACAGAACUUGCGUCAUCGAGUGCAAAUGCAUUUCCACAGUUUCCAGAAAGUGAAAACCACUCUAAUAUUUCCACGGAGCCAGAAAUUAUAGAGACUCGGCCUGCACUUAUACAGGCAGAGGAAGCUGUUAAGCCCGAGCCCAAGUCCGAGCCCGAUCCCGAGCCGGAGCCUUUGCCAGCGCCUGCGUCGAUAGCAAUGGCUCAGCUGAAUAUGAUGGAAAACGAGGCGCUGGUACCGCCUCUAAAUGAACGCCUAAAACCAAAACAUAAAAUGCCUGACCCAAACGUGGUGGCCACCAAGAAGCCGCGUCUGAACGAGAAGGUGCCGCAGUUGCGACACGAGUUCCGGGCCCUGCCGCUCCACGCCGUGGUACGCAUCGAAUCGAGCGACUUUGUCCGCGGCCUAGAGGACGAGCAGCCAACCACUUCCUUGCCAGUGGCUUCUGAAAAGGAGACUACAAUCACCGCCUCGCAGGAUUUUGCGUCGGGCAACACUCUUCUAGCAUCCUCCCAGCUCGAUGUCCUAUUGAAUGCUCCGAACGUUACGGUGCGCAAGGUAAAUGACAAUGCUGUUACUGUUGCAGGUAGUGCCAAGAUUAGCGACAAGGGGCCCCCGCCUGAGGUGCAGAGUUGCGUUAUCUUUCGAGACAUGGAGCGCUAUCGAUACUUUAGAGAACUGACAACCGAACAGAUAAUCAAGCACAGGAUCGAUGGCUAUAUCGUGGGCAGUUCCUAUGAGGAUGCUUUGAUCAAGAUAAACAGCAAGUUAUGCAACGUACGCGGUCCGCUGAUCGAAACAUUAUUUCCCCAUAUGUCCGCCCGACUAAGAUCUGAUUUGCGGUACAUGCUCUGUGAUCUGGGGAUUUACAUUUUUAAUUGCCGCUGGCUCGCGUACAAAGAUUCCACCCAGGACCUGCGUGCUCGUGUGCUGUCCAUGUUUAUGGACGUGGCCCCCCAGUUUGUACACUUCCGCGCCGAGUUCGACAAUGCGACUCGAGAAUGGGCCACGUGCAGCACGAUUGAUAGGUGUGACCCGGAACCCGUUGGGCGACGGCCCAAAUCCGAUGUCGGGGCGGUGCUCAAGCCAGGCGUACUCGGGCGCAUGAUAGAAUUGAAGGCGCAACUUCGUUGAAUUUUAGUUUUGUUAAUAAAAAGUGUUUUUCGUUAUCUUACAACCGA